CGGGCAUUUCUUUAACAGCUGUCAUAUUAACUACGCUGUCGAUUACUUGCCGUAUGUAAAUUUCGUAUUCUACUUUUAACUCCGGUAAUUUUUUUAUUUAUUUUAUGUGAUACUUUCUUUUGUCUGUGUAUUCGGUGUUAAAAGAAUCAUUGUGUUAUCGGCUUUCUCUUACUAACAUAAGCAAGCCAAGUCAGUUGUCUCUGGCUAACGAUGUCAGUAAUUGACGAACGGUUUCAUCAGCCGACUGAUUGUGCUACCUUCAACGAAUACCCUGGACCAAGAGGAAACACAGCGUCUAAGAUGUACAUCACCAGAAGGUCGUAAUGAGACGGGUUGUUCGUGUGGAGUGAUGCAAGGUGUUUUCUACACGAAGACAAAGCUUUCUACGACAAUAAAUAUUGAAUUAAAUGGAUCGACGUGCCCGAAGUAAGAGCCCCAGCUCUACCGGAUCCAAGGAACCUCACUAUCGAGCGUGCGGUUGUGUCCAUCGCUUCAUCCCGGGUGAAAAGUCUCCACCAGUCAGAGAUCGCCGGCGAAGUCGAUCGAGGACAUCCACCAAUUCCAUCCCAAGAAGUCGAACGCCGUCUAGUGUAUCAAGUGGACGAACUACUCCAUCUCCCGGGCUGUCUGCGAGGGCAGUGUCAGAGGAAGUGAUCAACAUGUCCCCUGAGACGCCAUCACCAAAAUCUCUCUGCCCUCCACACUGCAGAUGCAAGUAUCAAGUUUCCUGCUGGCUAGUACCUCGCUCAGUUCCUGUCCAGUACUCUAGCACCGUCAUCGUCCAACUGGGUUCCACAAAGAGAAGGUACCGCGAGGAAAUUAAUUUUCAGAAACGACUGGUGCCGAGACAGUUUUCCGAAAAAAUGGAAGUAGCAACAGAACCACAAUGUCAACGCUACACCUCGGAAGUGACAAUCCCUUGCCAGCCUCCAUUAGUCAAAGUUAUCAGCCUUGAAGCGCAGCAACUGGGGUCAUGCAAUGCCAAGCAACCAUUGACAACUGCAUUAUGAUCUCCAUGCAUUUAAUUGACGUCAGCCGCGAUCACUCCGAAAUAAAUCAUGCUAGUCAACUGCAGCAAAUAUACUUAAUUACAGCAGCUAGGACUUAAUUAGAAAUGUUACUAUAAUCAUGCUACAGGCAACUUCAUUCUACACGUGAUGCGUACCACAAUUUCUCACAUAAUGCAAUAUUUAGAGUUCAAAUGUGUUUCUAUACAUUCAACAGUAAUUCAUGAAUCAUGGUGGUAGAAGUGCGAUCCUGUUCGGCUUCCUUACGUCAUCUCACCAACCGAAGCUGCUGUCCGUUAAAUCGUAGCUGCCUCAAUAUUUUUCAUAUUUCUAUAUUAGAAACACUUGGCAUUUUUGCAGGCUAGCCAUCUUUAAUUUUUAUAUUAUAUUUUACCGCCACUCUCGUCAUUUAUUACUUUUUCCUAAUUUUCAAUUUCACUUUGAACUGUAAAGCAUAUUACAAAAUAAAAAAUACAUAACUAAAAAACAUAA